GUCACGGAGUGUGGGGGAGUCCGGCCCUGCACCCCUCUUCCUGGGACCCACAGUGACUCUCAGCCAGCCAGUAAAACAGAAGGUUUAUUGGACAACAGGAACACAGGUUACAGCAGAGCUUGCAGGCACAGUCAGGACCCCUCCACCGAGUCCUUCUGGGCUUUCAGGGUGCUUGGAUCCUAGCUAGGAUACCCUGAAUUCCACCCACACAGCCCCAAGCCCAAACUCAAACUGCUUCCCUCCUGCCACUCCCUUCCUUUGUCCCCUUCCCGGGCAAAGGAAGGGAGUGGCAGGAGGGAAGCAGUUUGAGUUUGGGCUUGGGGCUGUGUGGGUGGAAUUCAGGGUAUCCUAGCUAGGAUCCAAGCACCCUGAAAGCCCAGAAGGACUCGGUGGAGGGGUCCUGACUGUGCCUGCAAGCUCUGCUGUAACCGGUGUUCCUGUUGUCCAAUAAACCUUCUGUUUUACUGGCUGGCUGAGAGUCACUGUGGGUCCCAGGAAGAGGGGUGCAGGGCCGGACUCCCCCACACUCCGUGACAACUGGUGGCAGCGGCGGGAGAUACUGCACCCCGUGGACGGCGCUUCCUGCAGUAAGUGACUGGGGAGCAGUAAAACGAAGGGGUGGUUAACCCCUGGGAGUGUGUGCCCAGUGAGAAGGACUUUGCAGUAACAGGGUCCCCCGGGGGAUUGCAGCGAGCGGUCCCAGGGGCGGAGGAGUCUGCAGCUCGACCCUGGUAGAGAGGUGGUGACCUCAAGAAGGGCUGGUGCACUAGGGGUCCCCCUGGAAACCGUGGGGAGCGGCGAGCACCCCGGCCUGUGAGUGGCCAGCAGGAAGAUGUAUGCCAAGCGGCGCAAGUAUGACCUGCUAGAGCUGUGCAAGCAGAGGGGGCUGCACCCAGGGAGGCUCACCAAGGACCAGCUGAUUGCCCAGCUGGAGGAGGGAGACCGCAUGAAUGAACGGAGCCCUGUCUCUGAGGGAAGCAGCCGAGCAGAUGCAGCGCAGGCACCAGUGUCUGUCCCCGCUGGGAGUGGUCAGCCGGCGGACGAGGGCUUCCCGAGACCCCCCCUUCCUAGGCGUAGAGGAAGGGCGGGGAGGAGCCCAGUGUAUACCGAGGGCACCGUGACACCCCCGGCCAGCAGGGGAUCCGCCCGGCGACGCUCGGCAUCCGUGGAGCGGAUGCGGCUGGAAUAUGAAAGGGAGCUGAGACGGGAGGAGCUCGAGUUAAAGAGGCGAGAGCUGGAGGAGAAGGCGAAACAGCGUGAACAUGAGGAGAACCAGCGUAAACAUGAGGAGAACCAGCGCCAGCGAGAGUGGGAGGAGAAGGAGAAACAGCGUAAACAUGAGCUGGACCUGGCCCGGCUGAGGAGCAGUGAGGCUCCGGCUGCGGUGAGUGAGGGGGGACCCAAGCCUACAAAGAGCUUUGAUAAGCACUUGCUGCCCCGGCGUAAGGAGGGGGAGGACAUAGAUACCUUCCUGACGGCCUUUGAGAAUGCCUGCGAGCUGCACAGGGUUGACCCUGCAGACAGGAUCGCAGUUCUCACCCCCUUACUGGACUCCACAGCCGUGGAGGUGUACAGCCGACUGAAAGGGGCGGAGGCAGGGGACUACGAACUGUUCAAACAGGCCCUGCUCCGCGAGUUUGGGCUGACUCCUGAGAUGUACCGGAAAAAGUUCCGGAGCCAGCGUAAAACCCGUGAGGUCACAUACCUACAACUGGUCAACCGGGCGCAGGGGUAUGCCCGCAAGUGGACAGCUGGGGCCCAAACUAAAGAGGACCUGCUUGACCUAUUCAUACUGGAGCACCUGUACGAGCAGUGCCCGUCCGACCUGAGGCUGUGGUUGAUGGACCAGAAGCCGGAGAACCCGCAGCAUGCAGGCCAGCUGGCCGACCAAUUUGUGGACAUCGGGCAGGGGAUGGCAGGGAGGAGUCUCGAAGGAGCAGGCCUGCCUCAACGCAGAGAGAGAGUCAACAUGGGACCUCCCAAAGGGGGCCUAUGGAGAACCCCCCCAAAAGGGGAACAUCCAGCGGCAGGUCCCUCCGACCCACUCAAGGGGACCCACGAGAUAUGGGCUGCUAUCGCUGUGGCCAACGAGGUCACAUACGGGCCCAGUGCCCCAAGCUCAGGGACAGACCAAGCAGACCCAACCCGCAGAGGGUGGACUGGGUAAAAACCCAA